AUGGAAAACUCGCUAAACACAAAUGAGGAAGUUAUACAAUCGGUAACAGAGAAUGUUAUUAAUUGUAAAGAAAUGAAAAAUGAUUCUGAAAAAAGUGAAGAACAAGAGUUAAUUGUCGUUAGUGAUGGUAAAGAGGGUGAAACAUCGAAGGAAGAAAAUUGUGCUAACGACAACAGCAAAGACAAUAAGGAUGCAGAAAAGAUCACUGUAGCAAAACGAAGACCUAUGUCAACAAAAAGUACUCGAAGUAGUGAAUUCAAAGAAAAGGAGAAGAAAAAACGUCCCAUUGGAUCUGGUAAGGGAAAGCAUAUUGUGAAAAGACGAAGUAGUUCAUCUGAUAUUAUUAAGAAAAAACCACAUAUAUUUCAUAAAAAAGUAACGAAAAAACUAGAAAAGUCCAAGCAAAAUGGAAAUGUAUCCUCAAUAGAGAGCAGUUCUCAACAAUGCAAUUCAGAAACAGAUUCAAAACGAAGUACAGAGGAAGAAACUCUGAAAUUAAAAGACACUGAGAACAGACCACAAAGCUCAUCGAGUAAAAAUUCAGAAAAAAAUGCUGGAAAUGGAUGCAUAUCCGUGGAAAGUGACAAUAAAGAAGAGAAAUUAAAUUCCACGGCUCAUGAGAAUAGUUCAAAAAGAUUUGGUAUCAAAAAGACAUGGCAAAGAAUAAAAUCAGUGAAAGAAAAAGGCUUAAUUUCUUCACAAGGAAACGGUACUCUACCGUCAGGACACGAAUGUAGGCCAAUUAUACCAGACAAGGAAAAACACGAAACUGUGUUAAAGAAAGAUGAUCAAGGAAAUGAAACCAAAGAAACUCUCACACCAGAAGUAAAUCAAAUUUUACAAGAUUGUCCUGUGAAUGAAGCCAGUUCACAACAGUCUGCUGAACCAACAGUUCAGUAUGGAAAUGGCAAUAAAUAUGCUGAAGAUGAAAAGACAAAGGCGUUGGUUGUUAAUUCGGACCCUUACAUUCAUUCCGCUAUACCAUAUCUUCCAUUGCAAUUAUCUGUGAUCUGUUUAGUGAUGAACAUAUUUCUACCCGGAUCAGGAACUGUCUUGAGUGGGUUUGCCAUCCUUUUCUGUGGAGAAACACGAAUUCAGACGAAAGAGGACCAAAAGACGGUAACGCUGUGUGUUAAUCUCUCGGUGGGCGUGUCCCAGCUAUUCACCGUCACCUUCCUGUUGGUUGGAUGGUUCUGGAGUCUUGCUUGGGGAAUCAAAUUGGUCACACUCUCUGUGGAAUACAAAAGACAUUUAAAACAGAAACGAGAGAGAGAAUUACAAGUCAUUGCUUUGAAAGCCUUUGGAUCAUCCAUGCAAGUGCGUCCAAUGUUUUCCGUGGUUACCGAGUAAUGAGAAAUGGUGACGAAUGGACGCGUACCUGUCAGUGCUAUAAAUCUUUCCUGACAAUUG